GCCGACUUUGUGCGCCAACAGGAUGAACAAGACUCUGCCGGGAGCAUUCAAGGUCGUGGUGUUGAGCGAGGUGACCGACGGGACGCAGGUGACGGUGAGGGCGGGGAACGAUGAGAAUCUCUGCGCGGAUCUUCGCAAUGCCACCGCCGUCCUCAAGAACCAGGUGGCCAAGUUCAACGACCUUCGAUUUGUCGGAAGAUCCGGACGCGGGAAGAGCCUGAAUUUGACGAUCACGGUCCAGUCCAGCCCGGUGCAAGUUGCGACCUACCUCAAGGCCAUCAAGGUCACCGUCGACGGGCCCAGAGAACCUCGCUCCAAGACUCGUCAGCAGCAGCAGUGUCGGGCAUUUGUGUUCGGUCAGCGACCUUUCUUGGAUCCCCUGCGUGACCUUGAUCCCUUUCGACGGAAGGCCGAGCCUUCGUUGACCUUCAAGGUCCCUCAGCCUCCUCCACCUCCACCCACUCUCUCAGAGACGGGUAUCGGGACAGGGGGUGGACUGGGACUGAGUCCAGGAGGAACGAUGGGAGGAGAAGGGGGGAACUGGGCCACCCCGUUUCCUCACCACCAUUCUCAUCAUCACCAUCAUCCUCAUCCACAUCUCCAUCCUCACCAGAUGUCCCCACCCUCACCUUCACCCUACUACCCUGCCCCAACCGACUACCACCCCUCGUCCGCCUCCCCCCUCAUCGAUCCCGUCCACUAUCUCCCCACAGCCGGGUUGUCGGAGCACUGCGCGACGGAGUUCGCCCAUGGUGGGAGUGCAUUCUCGAAACCGGGUGAAUAUCCCGGUUGCAACGCGAUGGAUCCGUUCAACAAGAACGGAGAUUCCUCGUCUAAGUCUCUCCUCUAUACGGCGGACCCCGGGACGGGAUGUAACGGGAUGCAGGCAGGCUCCACCACGCCUGGUUUCGUGCCUCAAACUCCCGCCACCACGGCCACCACCACGUCCGCCUUCCUCGGACAUUCUUAUUAUGGAGCCCCUUCGACCAACUCCUAUCUGAACCCUUCACCGAUGCUCCAAUCCAGUUUUCUCUAUCCUCAUCUCUACAGUUUUAACCAGAUACCGCCUACCCCGGUGACCGAAGUGAAAGCGGAGCCCUUAGAUGGGAAUCUGUCCCAAGGCCUCUCCACCAUGCUGCAACAGGAGAAUCCGUCUGAGGAAUCGGCGUCGAAUCAACCAAGUGAUUCCGCGUCUUCGUUGCAACACGUGUCACCCUAUGAGACGACAUCGACAUCGACUCGAACCGAGAGUUCACCCGAUGCCCCGGUCUGGAGACCGUAUUGAAAAACCUCUGAUACUCCAUAUCAUCUCUCAUUAUGGCUAGGUCUAGUAUUAAAAAGUAUUUAUUGCCCGAC